AUGGGCGCGCUAACGGUGAACGAUGUGGUUUACCCGGUUCCCCCUUCGCCUUCCGCCAUCUUCCUGGCCGAUUCCGCCGCCGCCACCGCCGCCGCAGGGGGACACGGUCCGGACGAGGCUGUCCCUGUGGGCGGAGGGGCCGCUGUCGGCAGCGAGCAGCAGGGGGGGCACGCUUGUGGAGGGGUCACCGUCCCUGCUCUGCCGUGCGCCCCGCUCCUCGUCAACUGCGCCUCCCGCACCACCGUCGUCCACAACGCCGACGCUUCCGGCCCACUGCGAGACCUGCAGGUAAACUGCUGCCAGGAGUCGUACGUCUACGUCCUGUCGGCCGUGAGGUUCGCCACCGUGAUGGGCUGCAAGGACUGCACCGUCGUCAUAGGCGCUGCUGCCGGCAUGGUUCGCGUGGAGGAGUGCGAGCGCAUGCAGCUGGUGACCUGCUGCCGCCGUCUCACGGUCACCAACUCCCUGGAGUGCAUAUUCCCGGUCUUCGUCGCCACACCGCCGGUGCUCUGCGGGGACAACCGAGCUUGUCAGUUCGCCCCCUACAACUCGUGCUACCCGAGACACAAGGCCCACCUGCAGCGCGCCGGUCUGUUGGGAGAGGAGGAAGACGAAGUUCCGGCCAACCUGUGGGGAAACCCUGUGGAGGCGUCGAUGAUGGGCAUGCCCUCCAUGGCUGCAGGCACGCCGACGUCGUCAGCCUCGAGGGCGAAGAGCAGGUCACCCGGCGGCGCGAAGGGCGGCUUGGGAGGUUUGGGUCACGACCUGUCCUCGGCAAUAAUGCCACCCGAACAGUUCUACACGCUGGCGGUGCCGGUUCCCCCAGACAACGCGGGGGACCCCCCGGCGGAAAAUCCGUUCGGACUGCCCUCCGAGUACGCCGCUGUCCUGCAAGAGAGGGAAGCGGCCGUGGAGGGCUUGCACCAGGCCAUCGUCGACGCGAAUCUCACGCCCAGGCAGAACCGAGAGCUGGAAGAAUGCAUCCGUGGGCGCUUUACGGAAUGGCUGGUGGCGACGGGGAAUCUCCGACAGGUGCUGGACCUGGUGAGCGUCGCGGAGAAAGCGCGAAGCACAGGCAACGCCACCGCAGCCGUCGCCGCCUCCGCCUUAUCGGAGCAAUCGACCACUCCCACGAAGGCACAGCAGCAGCAGCAGCAGCAGCAGCAGCAGCAGCAGCAGCAGCCACGAUAAGGGAUGGUGUAUUUUGAUCAUCGAUGUGUGAGAACCAGGCAUCAUCGUAAGUAGGUAGGUUUCUAGGUUUUCGGGAGGCUUUUUUUGUGCCGCCGCAACCGAGAUGAAGGAUAGUUUUUAUUGUUUAUUGUGUUCGGGGUGAAGCAGGCCGAAGCUCUGUUAGGUAGAUUUCUCGGUGGUCCGGGAGGCCUCGUCGUUGGCACGGCUUUUUGUUUGAUUGGUUUGGGCGUUUUUUUGUGCGGAUGCAUUGACAUGCGCGCGCGGAGUACGGUGUUGCACGGCGAGUCGUCUUUUUCAAGGAGGAGGGAGGGGGGGUUUACAUGAUCGCACACAGCCUUUCCUGCUGUCACCCUUGAUUGCCGUUAGUUUUUGGUGAUAUGUCAUAAUACCUUUCCUACCGCCACCCCCACCUCCACCCCAGCGUAGCAUAGUUGCAGCUAGCGGUAGGAAUGCUUUGGGAGUGGCUUUCCCUUUGGUUGUCGUCGGCCGCUUCUGGGCGGCAACAGCAGAGUGGAAGUUGUGUGUGGUAUAUCGCGACGACUAUACAGCGGCGCACGAGCCACGUCUGUGAAGGCCCUCUCCAAGGUGUCAAGAUCAAUCAACCCAUCGUGUACUUUCCCAGCCGUGCGAUUUGUCCCAGAAGCACGCGCGACAUGCGCACCCCCCAUUUUUGUUGUUGUGUACGUUUGAGGCUGACGACAAAUACCUCGGGUGUGGGAAAGGUGGCGGGGGUAUGGUUAUGCUUUCAGAGAUUGCCGAAAUCUUCUCCCCUGUUUGCUUUGGGCCACCCUCGCGCUGAUCAGGCGGCC